AGAACCAGAAUGAUGAAAAAGUAAGAGAACAGGAAGCUGCGAAAGCUGUACACAGGGCCAGCGGGUGCCGUUUUCGCUGUUAUCGCUCCGGGUGCCAAACGCUUCGUCUGCUCCUGGCACUUUCUGCUUGUCUGGCAGGCCUUGGCUGUCUGCUGUACGCUGCAAGAUUUUGUUUCUGUAUCGGACAGCGUUCCAGUAAUAUACGGAAAACAGAAGGGCCACAAAACGUCCCUCGCGGCUUUAUGGGCCAACAUAGGGAAGGACAGCGCGGCCACUUGUUUCCGCUUCCAGGAGAAUGACAGUGUCGUGAGCAAACGGCACGAGAUCAACCUCAUCGUGUCGGCCACCCACCUGUCAAGAGAAGGCGAUGCUGGUUGGUUUUUCGUGCAUCAUCGCCAGGACCAACUUGGGAGGCAGUACGGUGGCCGGCCGUAGUAGCCGGACCAUCAAGCACUGGCGGCCCGAUGUCUUGCUACUUGCCCUACGGACCAACUUGAUGUCAGUUCUGGCGGCCUGCUGUCUUCCUGCCCGACAUGGAGAUAUUGUGACUAGCUGUUCUAGCAACCUGGUCCGAGGAGCCCCAGCGUUCCACCAGCCGAGCUCAGUGACACCUCUUUCAAGCAACACUACAAGUGGUGAUGUCAACACGUCCGUGGCUUUCACCAGUCACCUCAACUAGACGCUGGUUGGCGAUCACUUCACGAAGACCACGAAGUAGCAGAUCACCGAGGCUCAACUCCGCGCCGAUGGUACAGCCGAAGUCAUGCAACGAGACACCACGCCCGAGGAACGUCGGGAAAUGUGUGGACAGC